AUGGAAGACGCAGAGGAAGAGCGACGUCGUCGUUUGAAGCUUGAAGAAGCCCUUGAAAUCCAAUCCCUCAGACGCAUCAUUAGCGCUUACCUCAACUAUCCUGAUGCCGCGGAUGAGGAUGUUAGAAGAUAUGAGAGAUCUUUUAGGAAGCUUUCACCUGCCCAUAAGGAUUUGCUAUCCCACUAUCCUCUAAAGUUUGAAAAAUUACGCAGGUGUAUAUCAAUGAACGCUCAUUUCAUAUUCGGCAUGCUUCAGGCAUUUGAACCUCCAAUUGAUAUGAGCCAGGAUGUAGAUUUAAGUGCAGAUCAACACCCUGAAUAUGUCCAAAAAGAUCAUUUAGUCCAUGAAGGGAUUAAUUCUUGUUCAUGUGAAUCAGCCCCAUUGAAAAUAACAUGUUAUGUUUCUAAUCGACAUGGUUGUGUGGAAGGCAGCAAUGAUUCAUGCAGAUCAUCUGUACUGGUGCAUCCCAAUGAGGAAGUGAACAUUGAGAGUCACCAUCAGUCAAAUACCGGUAAUGGUAGCCAUCCUUCAAACAUGUUACAUUCUAAAGAGACUAGUGAAUAUGGUGGAAGUGCUAUUGCCGAUUCCAAUGGAAAUGUCAGUGACACCUCAUCACAGCAACAUUGCAUGGACCCAUCUCUUCAGUUGAAUGUUCCUUUAGUUGACGUUGACAAGGUGCGAUGUAUCAUAAGGAACGUAGUUAGGGACUGGGCUGUAGAGGGUCAAAAGGAACGCGAUCAGUGCUACAAGCCUAUUCUUGAAGAGCUUAACAGUUUAUUUCCUAAUCGCAGUAAAGAGAGUCCACCUGCUUGUUUAGUUCCUGGUGCUGGACUCGGUCGGCUGGCUUUGGACAUUUCAUGUUUAGGAUUUAUCAGUCAGGGGAAUGAAUUUUCGUACUACAUGAUGAUAUGCUCAAGUUUUAUUCUUAACCACUGUGAAACUGCUGGUGAGUGGACAAUAUAUCCUUGGAUUCACAGCAAUAGCAAUUCACUUUCAGAUAGUGACCAACUUCGUCCUGUUUCAAUACCAGAUAUUCAUCCUGCCAGUGCAGGAAUUACUGAAGGUUUUUCCAUGUGUGGAGGUGACUUCGUUGAAGUCUACGGUGAUGCAAGCCAAAUAGGUGCAUGGGAUGCAGUUGUAACUUGUUUCUUUAUUGAUACUGCGCACAAUAUUGUCGAGUACAUUGAAAUUAUUUCACAAAUUUUGAAAGAUGGAGGAGUUUGGAUAAAUUUGGGCCCUCUUCUUUAUCACUUUGCAGAUACGUAUGGACAAGACGAUGAAAUGUCGAUUGAAUUAAGUUUAGAAGAUGUUAAAAGGGCUGCAUUGCAUUAUGGAUUUGAGUUUGAGAAAGAAAGGACCAUUGAGACAACCUACACAACCAAUCCUAAAUCAAUGAUGCAAAAUCGUUACUUUGCCGCAUUUUGGACAAUGAGAAAAAAAUCGGCAGCAACUCGGAAGCAAGUGCCCUGA